AUGGCAACCCUUCGAGUCGACGAAAUUAAUAAAAUUCUCCGCGAACGUAUUGAACAAUAUAAUAGGAAAGUAGGGAUUGAGAAUAUCGGUCGCGUAGUGCAAGUGGGGGAUGGGAUUGCUCGUAUUAUAGGUCUUGGUGAAAUAAUGUCAGGUGAAUUAGUCGAAUUUGCAGAAGGGACGAGAGGUAUUGCUCUGAAUUUGGAAUCUAAAAAUGUUGGGAUUGUAUUAAUGGGCGAUGGGUUGAUGAUACAAGAGGGAAGUUUUGUAAAAGCAACAGGAAGAAUUGCUCAGAUACCCGUGAGCGAGGCUUACUUGGGUCGUGUUAUAAAUGCUCUCGCUAAACCUAUUGAUGGGAGAGGCGAAAUUGUCGCUUCAGAAUCUCGCUUAAUUGAAUCUCCUGCUCCGGGUAUAAUUUCUAGGCGUUCCGUAUAUGAACCCCUUCAAACAGGGCUUAUUGCUAUCGAUUCGAUGAUCCCCAUAGGGCGCGGUCAGCGAGAGUUAAUUAUUGGGGACAGACAGACUGGCAAAACAGCAGUAGCCACAGAUACAAUUCUCAAUCAAAAAGGUCAAGAUGUAAUAUGUGUUUAUGUAGCUAUCGGUCAAAGAGCAUCCUCCGUGGCUCAAGUAGUAACUACUUUCCACGAAGAGGGGGCCAUGGAAUACACUAUUGUAGUAGCUGAAAUGGCGGAUUCACCCGCUACAUUACAAUAUCUCGCUCCUUAUACGGGAGCAGCCCUGGCUGAGUAUUUUAUGUACCGCGAACGGCAUACCUUAAUAAUUUAUGAUGAUCUCUCCAAACAGGCACAAGCUUAUCGCCAAAUGUCCCUUCUAUUAAGAAGACCUCCCGGCCGCGAAGCUUAUCUAGGGGAUGUUUUUUAUUUGCAUUCACGCCUUUUAGAAAGAGCCGCUAAAUUAAAUUCUCUUUUAGGCGAAGGGAGUAUGACCGCUUUACCAAUAGUGGAGACUCAAUCUGGAGACGUUUCCGCCUAUAUUCCUACUAAUGUAAUUUCAAUUACAGAUGGACAAAUAUUCUUAUCCGCGGAUCUAUUCAAUGCCGGAAUUCGACCUGCUAUUAAUGUGGGUAUUUCAGUUUCCAGAGUAGGAUCCGCAGCUCAAAUUAAAGCCAUGAAACAAGUAGCUGGCAAAUCAAAAUUGGAACUAGCUCAAUUCGCAGAAUUACAAGCCUUUGCACAAUUCGCCUCCGCUCUGGAUAAAACAAGUCAGAAUCAAUUGGCAAGGGGUCGACGAUUACGGGAAUUGCUUAAACAAUCCCAAUCAAACCCUCUCCCAGUGGAAGAGCAGGUAGCUACUAUUUAUACCGGAACGAGAGGAUAUCUUGAUUCGUUAGAAAUUGAACAGGUAAAGAAAUUUCUGGAUGAGUUACGUAAACACCUAAAAGAUACUAAACCUCAAUUCCAAGAAAUUAUAUCUUCUAGUAAGACAUUCACCGAGCAAGCAGAAACCCUUUUGAAGGAAGCUAUUCAGGAACAGCUUGAACGGUUUUCCCUUCAGGAACAAACAUAA